AUGCGCGGCCUGUAUUCCAAACUCGGUGCUGGAAUUUCUCUUGGCCUUCUGAUCUUGGGAUGGUUUGUGUUCGUUGUAUUGACGCCGACAGAACAGGCAACGACUCAGAAGAGAGAAGGCCAGUGUGAGCGCUUGAAAGAUCUCAAUCAUUCGCAAGCAUCGUGCGAUCUUUUUGGCGGUUGUCAUGGUUACUGCCCGGGCAAUCCAUGCCAGUGCACGUCUCAAUGCAACAACUUCGGUAACUGUUGCGAAGAUUUCGUGGAAAGUUGCAUGAAUGAAUCGCAGGCCGAUUAUGAGCUGGCAAAGCAGGAGGAAAAGCUGCGGGAGAUGGAGCAUGGCAAGGGCAUUGUCGGCCGUGAAUGGAUCUUGAGCUUGGUAAUGUUUUUCUUCGUGUUGACGAUGAUGGCUCUGCUGUAUUUCGCACACUCGGAGAACAAACACAUGCAAAAUGCAGUGUACGAGCUGACGUGCACCACCGUUUCCAUUUUUGCUACGAAUACGGUUACGGUGGCUGUCCAUGGUGUGUUAAUUGAGCAGUUGUGGAUGGGAAAGUACCCUGGAUUAAACCAAAAGGCAGGUCCAAUUGUGCAGGCCAAGAUCUAUGGCAUUUUGUCCAUCCUAUGCUUCCUCGGAUCCAACUGGAUUAUUUACAGGUUCAGGGAGAACGAGCAUCAUUAUUACGCGCUGGGCCAGCUGUCGAGCCACAUGACUGGCUUCACUCUGAUACAAGCCAUCGGCAGCCUGCAGUGGAGCGUCAGAGACAAUGGAUGGAAAUGUUUUCUUGUUCUACCAUGGACAGCGAUCCUUUUGAGAGGUAUGCUGUUUGUCGGUGAGCGGUUGCGUGCACAGUUUGUUGGGAGCACGGAGGUGUAUUGGGAAUACCAAGCAGGCGAUGAUGAGUGGCAUAAAUUUCCCGAUGCAACGAGUCGCGAGCUAGAAUCUCGUUUCAUGGACUCUUCGGACUCUGAGUCGGAGGUGGUCCUGACUGUUCCAGUGUCCGACCCUGCGCAUCCGCGCCAGGAGGUGGAAGUGUCUUUACCACAUGCAAACGCGAUCUGCACAUCCCCACAUGGAGAAAUGCUCCCGGAAGGUGACGGCAGUGAUCUCAGCUGCGGGGCCUGGAAAGUACGCAGAGAAUGCCCUUGGCUCGAUUUCGCAGGCGAGAUAUUCAUUGAGGGUGCAGCUCUGGUGAUGGGAUUCUUGGUGAUGCAGACCAUCCUCCUGUUUCACACGGGAUACUUGCAUUCUGUGGAGGGCCUCCUUCAGAAGCCGAAAGAUUGGGACUGGGUGCUCACUGGCAAGGUCCUGGGCUGGAGUGUGGUUUUCGGCUCCUUUGUCCCUGUGGUGGCUGCAAGCUCUGCCUGGAUCCCGGCUCGUUUCCUUCCUGAUGCAGAGCUUCUCCGGGAGUCAUGUUCUUCCGCACUUGCCUGGUGUCUCGUCCGCGGGGCUGCGUUGACAGUCAGGCCGCAUUGUUCCACCAUGGACACAUACAUCGUGGUGGCCUUCCCGCUGACGUGGCUAGCCUUUGUCGUAACGGGAUUUGCCUAUAGCAUCCCUUCAGGGGACAAAGAGUCCACAGUGGUUCCGCACAGCAUUGCCAAUGCUUUCGGGAUUGUCGUCGGCUUGGCCUGGGACAAAGCGUUCGAAUCCCUUGCUCUCCACAUGACCUCGGGAUGGUAUGGCCACUAUGUGGUCUCAAAAGUCUGCCUGGCGGGUGCUGUCAUUGUGACAAUCCUUCCAGGUUGGUAUUGGCUAUUUGUGCUCGAUCUAAGCGAGGACCAACUCCAGCUUGCGGCGAAGCUCAAAGCCGAAGCCAACUUCAGGCAGCUGCUCAAUGUGCUGGCUGACCAUGUGCUGUUCUUCAGUCGACUUAGGCCUCGACGAGCUCCAGCCUCGAAGCUGCGCGCGGAGGUCUUUGCCUGGUUCUCGGAGCUCUCGGUCGAGGAGCGGCUCUCCGUGCUUACCUGCCAUGAUGCAGGGUGGGUCCGCACGGUGCUCAAGAUGUGCCGGCUUCGAGGAUGGCAGCCACGGUGGGAGGGGCACUUCAAGGUGGCGCCGAAGCCGGUACCCCCUGCAGGCCGCGUGUCCAAGGCUAGUGCCUCCGGGACCGUACGACGCAACGAGGCACAAGUUCCUCGAGAUCCGAACGUUCAUUACCGACGCCCCCACAGGCUGCCAGAUGGCGAGAUCCUUGCGCCACCGGCAACGGCCGACUUUCGUGCCGCCUCUGCGACGCUGCUGGCGGGACUGCGCGUUGCCUUUCAGGGAUGCUGCUGUGCAUCCAUGGCCUUUGACUGGGGCGUCAUCAUGCCCUCACCCGCGACCGUCACAGACUGUGAGGCUUUCUUCUCGUUGCUGGACGAUGUCUCCCUUGGGAGGUUUCUGCGAGAGAAGGAGGAGAACCCCAAGACGGGCGCCACCGGAUGGCCUGAGGCGCCGUGGCUGCGCCAGUGGGCCACGCAUGCGCCGCUCAGCGCUUACCUGGGCUCCCGCCUCGAAGUACUUCUCCUGCAAGGCUACGCCUCGCGUAUGCAGGCAGAGCCGAGCCUGCCGCUGGCAGAGGUUUGGGCUUCGAUGCCGCCGGCGCAGCGCCAGCAGACCAUGACACGGCUGGGCUUGGACCGCAGGCUUUUGGUGCAUUAUCUUUCCAAAGGUUCGUCGCUCUGUUUCAAAAUCAAGAGCUGCUGCACAUAA